CACAACAAUAAACUAUUUCCUCCAAAUUAAAUUAAAAGUAAUAAAUCGUAGCUAUUUAAAGUCUGCCGGAAUAAUUUAUUAUCUCAAUUUUUCUCUACGUCCUCAGUUACUUAAAAAAUGAAACUCGCUUCACUCAACAACCCGUUACACAAAUUAAUUAAAAUGUUCAAGUCGCCGUACUAAUUAACAUUUAAACUGAAUUAUAAAACCUCAAACUUUAUCAGCAAAUUUGAUUAAAACCAUUUUUUUAAUUAAAAUAUUACAAUAGUAGUAAUUGUUUCUUCCAAUUGCAAACUUUGGAGAGCCAUGAGUAUUUUGUAGUGCAAUCAAUUACCGACAAAUUAAUCAAUGCGUUGGAAAUUGAAGUAUAUGGAUCCCAUCACGUGCGAAGUUGAUUUAACUAAUUUGACAGUAAUUUAAAAUUGGGUCAGAAAAUUGCUACGCGACUGUGAAAUUGAAAAUUUAACAACAAACAAUUAAAAAAAAUUUUUUUAAUUAAAAAAAUUAAAAAUUAACCAUGCAAAAAAAAUUUAGUAAAAUUAAUUGCAAAUUUCAGUAAGUAUUUUCAAUUAUUUAUAAACUAAUUUUAAAAAUGAAUUUUAAAAAAAUCCCGCUUAUUUUCUAGUGCUGCCAUCUGCAAAAAAUAACCACGAACUUUGAUACCAAUUUGACGGUUUGAUUCUCUCCUUUAUCAUCCAUAAAUCCACGUGAAGUUUAAUAUUCUCCGAGUUGGGUACAUCGUUACUUUUAGGAUUCCUCAUUUUGGCGCACAACUAGUACAGGUAGACCAAGAUGCCAUCAGACGCGAAAAAGAAGCAGCAAGCCAAGAAGAAGGAAGCAGCUAAAGCUAGACAAACUGGUAAAAAACCAACGUCAACCAAUCCUACUAAGGAGGAUGGAAAGGAGCAGACUAAUGCAUCAGCUAAUGACGAGAACGGAACUAAUGGAGUACUGAGCGCCGAAGAGGCGUUAUGCUUAAAAUUAGAAUCAGAUGCACGUCUGAAUGCUGAAGCUCGAGCCUGUACUGGAAGUUUAGCGUCGCAUCCACGGAGUCGUGAUAUAAAAGUAUCUAAUUUUUCAAUAACAUUUCACGGAUGCGAGCUUCUGCAAGAUACCAAUCUUGAGUUGAACUGCGGAAGGCGAUACGGUUUGUUGGGCCAAAAUGGAUCCGGAAAGUCGACACUGCUUUCAGUGAUCGGUAACCGUGAAGUGCCGAUUCCAGAGUCGAUCGAUAUAUUUCAUUUGUCCCGUGAAAUGCCGGCGAGUAGCAAAACAGCUCUGCAGUGCGUGAUGGAAGUAGACGAGGAGCGAGUGCGCUUAGAGAAAUUAGCUGAGGAACUGGUUGACUGUCCAGAAGAUGACGCCCAGGAACAGCUGAUGGACGUUUAUGAGCGUCUUGAUGACAUGUCUGCAGACACUGCUGAAGCGCGAGCUGCUCAUCUGCUCCACGGUCUUGGUUUCACCACCAAAAUGCAGAACACUGCCACCAGAGACUUUUCUGGAGGUUGGCGUAUGCGAAUCGCACUGGCUCGUGCUCUCUAUGUAAAGCCGCAUCUGCUGCUGCUCGAUGAACCGACCAAUCACUUGGAUUUGGACGCCUGUGUGUGGCUCGAAGAGGAAUUGAAGACUUACAAACGUAUUCUUGUUAUAAUAUCACACUCUCAAGAUUUUCUUAAUGGUGUUUGUACGAAUAUUAUUCAUCUGAAUAAGAAACUUCUGAAAUACUACACCGGUAAUUAUGAAGCAUUUAUUAAAACCCGGGCUGAAUUGUUGGAGAACCAAUCUAAGCAAUAUCAGUGGGAGCAAGACCAAAUAGCUCACAUGAAGAAUUAUAUCGCGCGUUUUGGUCACGGAUCCGCUAAGCUUGCUCGUCAAGCUCAAUCUAAGGAAAAAACUUUGGCUAAGAUGGUCGCUCAAGGUCUCACUGAAAAAGUUAGCACUGAUAAAGUAUUGAACUUUUAUUUCCCAUCUUGCGGUGGUAUACCACCGCCUGUUAUCAUGGUACAGAAUGUCAGUUUCCGGUACAAUGAUGACUCACCGUGGAUUUAUAAAAACUUGGAGUUUGGUAUUGAUCUUGAUACCAGGCUGGCACUUGUUGGUCCUAAUGGUGCUGGUAAGAGUACAUUACUCAAACUACUUUAUGGAGAUCUGGUACCAACCACUGGAAUGAUUAGAAAAAACAGUCAUUUACGUAUCGCUAGAUACCAUCAACAUUUGCAUGAGUUAUUAGAUUUAGACAUGUCACCGCUGGAUUACAUGCUUAAAUCAUUUCCAGAAGUUAAGGAACGUGAAGAAAUGCGUAAAAUAAUUGGUCGUUAUGGUUUGACUGGUCGCCAACAGGUAUGCCCAAUUAGACAAUUGUCAGAUGGUCAGCGUUGUCGUGUAGUAUUUGCUUGGUUAGCAUGGCAAGUACCGCAUUUAUUAUUGUUCGACGAACCUACCAAUCACUUGGACAUGGAAACAAUUGAUGCGCUUGCAGAAGCGAUCGCUGAUUUUGACGGUGGAAUGGUUUUAGUUUCUCACGACUUUAGACUUAUUAAUCAAGUUGCUGAAGAAAUUUGGGUGUGUGAAAAUGGAGCAGUGACUAAAUGGCAAGGUGGAAUUUUGCAUUACAAGGAGCAUCUUAAGAAUAAAGUACUGAAGGAUAAUCAAACGCGAGCUAAGGAAUUAUUGAAUCGUGGAAAAUAAUAAAACAUACUGUCUAUAAGUUCAAGAUAAAAUAAUUUUGAUCUGAUUCUCCUCUCUGUUAAAAUUCGAUUUAAUUAUUCUAUUCCAUCGUGUUAUUAUUCAGAUAUUAAUUACAAUUACUUAUAAUAAUAAUAAAUAUUAUUGUACUUUCGGUAUAGAGAGUAGAAUAAUAUUAAUAACGACAAUUUAAGUAUUAAAUCUCGUCAUUGUCAUCGUAUACGCUACUAUGUAGUGUCAAUAAUCGUGUCAAUUGACUUAGAUAAUUUAUUUAAACGAUAAAUUCAAUCAAUUAAAACCACCCAACAUGUUUGUUAAUUAAAUUAUUAAUAAAAAGUCACGGGAAACAAAAUAAAAAAAAAAUAAGUUAUUGCAAUUGAAGCGAUAACAAAUUAAUAUUUAAUGACUUUAAAUUUUUAAUUGAUGUAAAUUAAAAUAAAAUAACGCUGGAGGGAUUCAAAUAUUGUAUUUUAUUUAUUAUCAACAUUUUUAAUGGAAGACUAUUUUAUUUUAAUACCUUAGUCUAUAAAAAUCUUAGAAAAUCUGUUAAAUAUAUUUAAUUAAAAAACAU